CAAGCAGAAGAAAAGCCAUUACAGCUCUCUGCUUCUCCAAAACAAAGUCUCAGAAAGAUAGCGAUUCAGGUGCACUUGUUCUAAGCCUUCCAAAAUCACUUCCUAUUGUUUUCUUUUUCACUCUCUUAAUUUUCUGCUGUUUCAAUAUUAUUAAUUAUCUGGUAUUUUAUUAGUUUUGCUUUUAUUUUUGUUCCUCCUAUUUCUAUCAUUUAUCUGUUUGCUUGAAGCUAGAUUUUUUAUCGUUCAGCUUUUUCUCUUUUAUAUUUGCUUAGCUAGAGUUAUUUCUUUAAACCCCCCACCAAAAGAAAAAGCCCUUUUUACCCUUAUUUUAAUUAUCCAAAAAUUACUCUCCUGCAGUUCUUUGCUAUCUGAGUUUUUCCUUUUUCUUCUCUGUUUCCUUAAAGCUUUCUCUCUUGUAUAUUCAGCUUUAAACCAAAAAAAUAAAAAAUAAUUUAAAAAAAAACACUUUGUUCAUCUUAUUGUUUAAAAAAAAAAAAGAGUUCUCCUAAAUUAUGUUUUUGAUCUCAUUGUUUCUCAUAUUUCUAGUUUUAAUUAUCCAAGAAUUACUCCUGAAGUUCUCUGGUCGCUAGAUUUUGUUCAUUGAGAGUUUGUCAGUGGCUUUACUUCUUUAAACCAAAAAGAAGGAAAAGAUAAAAAGUAAAUUGCAAGAUAUACGUAAUGGCUGAACUGGCUACUGCUGCUGCUUCCAAAGCUGCAGAGAGAGUUACAGAGACAGUGUGUGAAUUCGGUUGUCGGCAGAUUAACUAUGUGUUUAGGUACCAGAGCUACAUGAAGAAGCUGAAGGAGCAAGUUAAGGAGCUCGAAAUUAGAAGAGAUGGUGUGAAAGAACAUGUAGAAGUGGUUGAAAGACAAGGUGAAGAGAUUUAUAAUGAAGUUACUGAGUGGCUGAAGAGUGUGGAAGAGUUCAUGGAACGGGUAGCAAAGGUCGUUGAUGAUGAAGAUAAAGCAAAGAGGAGCUGUUUCAAAGGGUUGUGUCCUGAUUUGAUUAGACGUUACAGGCUCAGCAAAGAAGCAGAGGAGGUCGCGGAGGCAGGUGCCAAGGUCUUGGAAAAAGGAAAAUUCAGUAGAUUUUCACACCCGCCCUUUCUACAGAGGACGGAAUCCAUAUUCGUCGGUAAAGAGUACGAACACUUUGACUCAAGAGAGUCAAAUUUCCAGGAAAUUAUGGAUGCAUUGAAAGAUUCUACUGUUAAUAUGAUUGGAGUGCACGGGAUGGGUGGUGUGGGUAAAACCACACUGGUCAAAAAAGUUGCUUGGAAAGCCAAGGAAGAUAGGUUAUUUGAUGAGGUGGUGAUUGCUGAGGUAACACAUACUCCGGAUCUUAAACAAAUUCAAGCCAACAUUGCUAGUCAUUUGGACAUGUCAUUUAAAGACCAGGAGAGUGUAUUUGGAAGAGCUAAUCAAUUACGUCACAGGUUGAAGAAGUCCAAGAGAAUCCUUGUAAUAGUAGAUAAUAUCUGGGAGAAGCUUGACCUGAAGGAUGUUGGAAUUCCUUUAAGCUAUGACGAUAAAGGUGGCAUCCCACAAGACAGAAAAGAAAGCAAUGAUGAGAAAGAGCGGUGUGCAAUAUUGUUAACAACUAGAAAAUUAGAUGUCUUAAAUCAAAUGGAAACUCAGAAGAAUAUAUUGGUUGAGCCUUUAGCCGGUGAUGAUGCAAGGAGUUUGUUUGAGAAAAUCGUUGGUGAUUUAUCAGAUAAACACGGUAUAGCAGCGGAAAUAGUAGAGAAAUGUGCGGGGUUACCACUUGCGAUUACAUUAAUUGCAAAUGCUUUGAAACGUAAAAGUGAUUAUGCCUGGAAGGAUGCCCUACUUCAGUUAAAAAGUCAUAAUCAUAGAUGCGUUCCAGGAAUGAAUAAUACUUUAUACUCAACUAUUGAAUUGAGUUAUGAAUUACUGAACAGUGAAGAAGCCAAAAAACUACUUCUACUUUGUGCUCUAUAUAAUGGUAGACAUGUCUCUUCCUUGCUCAGUGGUAUGGCAUUGGAUUCGUUUGAAAAUGUUUACUCAAUUAAUGAUGGAAGGAAUAGAAUUAAGUCACUGAUUGAUCAUCUCCAAGAUUCAUCUUUGUUGUUGAAAGGUAACGAUAGCGAGAUGGUCAAAAUGCAUGAUGUUGUUCAUACUGUUGUUGUAUCAAUUGCCAAAGAGAAAUUUAUGUUUGAUAUUCAAGAUGUCAAGGGCAUUAAAGAGGUACUCAUGAAGAGCAAAGAUUCGAUUGCAAUUUCUUUGUUUUAUACAAACAUUCAUGAGCUUCCUGAAAGGGUAGACUUUCCAAAACUAAAGUUAUUUACUUAUCAUACUAUGGAAGAUCAUUGUUUACAAAUCCCAGACCACUUUUUCGAAGGAAUAAAAGAACUCGAAGUACUAGAGUUGGAUAGAGUUCAUUUAUUACCACCACCACCAUCAUUUGUUUGCCUAACAAACCUUAAAAUAUUGUGUCUCUGGAAUUGCUCUUUGAGAGAUAUAACAAUGAUCGGAGAGCUAAGGAAUUUAGAGAUGCUUAGGUUUGUAAAUUGUGAUCUUGAAAAGGUGCCUGGAAGUUUUAAACAAUUGACGGGACUAAAGUUAUUAAAGUUGACUGAUUGUCCAAAUCUUAAAGCAAUCACACCAAAUGUCAUAGCCAGCUUGUCUCAAUUAGAAGAGCUACAUAUAUAUAAUAGCUUUGGUCAAUGGGAAGUCAAAGGAAAUAAUAAUGCUAGUCUUGCGGAGUUGAAGGCAUUGUCUCACUUGAACACUUUAUGCAUACAUAUCCCAAAUGUGCAGAUCAUACAGCAAGACUUUAUUCCAGUGAACUUAGAAAAGUAUGAAGUACAUAUCGGAGGUGUAUGGGACUGGUCUUGUGAAUAUGAGAUCUCGUGCACAUUGAGACUAAAGUUCAAUGGAAGCUGUCAUAUGAGGUAUGGGAUCAAAUUUUUGAUGGAGAAAGCAAAAUCUCUCUAUCUAGAUCGGCUGGAUGGUGUUAAAGAUAUACUCUGGGAACUUGACAGGGAAGGUUUCCCAGAAUUAAAGCUUCUCUCUGUACAAAAUAGUUCUGAAAUUUCGUAUAUUGUCAACUCGGUGGAGUGCAUUCAUUCUGAUGAUGCCUUUCCAAACUUAGAAUCAAUGUUUCUUUUUAAUCUAAGUCAUAUGGAGAACAUAUGUUGUUGCCUAGAUAAUGCAAAAUCUUUUGGCCAAUUAAGAAAAAUAGAAGUAGCCGAUUGUGACAAGUUGAGGUAUCUCUUCUCAUCCUCUCUGGCCAAAAACAUGCUGCAGCUUGAAGAAAUCGAUGUAACUAAUUGCAAGAUGCUAAAGGAGAUUUUUGGUGAAGAAAGUGAAGACCAUGCUGAUGAAAACAAAAAGUUUUGUAAGAUUGAAUUUAAACAAUUGCACUCCGUAGUACUACAAAGCCUACCGCAGUUCAUAAGUUUUGGCUUGGAGGUUGUGUUACCAAGAUUGGAGAACUUGAAACUGUCCUUAAUUAAGAUUGAGAACAUAUGGGUUAAUCUACUCCACCCAAUCUCUUCCUAUCUUCAGUGCUUAAAAAGCUUAACAGUGGAAGAGUGUAAUGAUUUGAAGUUUCUGUUUUCAUCUUCUAUGGUCAAAAGUUUUGUGCAACUCCAAAAGCUUGUGAUAUGCAACUGUAAGUCAAUGGAAGCAGUAAUAUUUGAGUCAGAAGGAUUAGAAGGAGCAUAUAAGUUAAUUCAAAUGAAUUUUCCUGAACUAUUGUACUUGAAGCUACAAGGACUUCCAAAACUCACAAGAUUUGGUAUUGGAAAUCUAGUUCAAUUCCCUACCUUGACAGAACUUCACAUUGAGAGUUGCUCUAGUCUGAAGACAUUCUUCCCCAAUUCUUCUAGUGUAGAAGUGAGCUUGGAGAACAUUCUUACUACUAAUAUAGAGCCCCUGUUUGACGACAAGGCUGAUUUGCCAGGCUUGGAGAAGCUGAUACUCUUACACUUAGAUAACUUGCAGCUGAUUUGGCACAAUCAACUCCAAGGAGACUCCUUUUGCAAAUUAAAAGAAGUGAGAGUGGAAUUCUGUGAAAAUUUGGUGACCAUUGUUCCAUCUAAUAGUACUCAGGGAUUUCUUACCUUUCAGAAUCUAGAAAAAUUAACUGUUAAGAACUGUUGGAAUUUAAAAAGUCUGUUUCCAGUUUCCAUAGCUACUAGUCUUUUGCAACUCAAAACACUUGAGCUAAUCUCCUGUGGUUUGGAGAUAAUUGUUGGUGAGCUGGAAGUAGAUGGGACUCCAAAAUUUUUGUUUCCUCAAUUAACGAGGCUCUAUCUUGCCAAUUUACCGGAGUUCAAACAUUUCUACAUGGGGUCCUAUACAGCAGAGUGGCCAAUGCUUAAGGAAUUGCUUGUGUACAGAUGUAGGAAGAUAAACGUAUAUGCUUUAGAUGGAGAGAGCCAACCUGCCCUAUUUUCGUUUGAAAAGGUUAUACCCAAUUUGGAAAUAUUGGGUUUAAAUGCCGAUAACGUAACAUCCUCAUGUCUCGACCAUAUUCCAGCUAGGAGCUUUGGGAAACUUAAAUUUCUUGGACUGCAAAGCUUUGAUGAUUAUUCAGUUGGAUUUCAGUCUGAUCUCCUUAAAAAAUUGCAAAAUUUGAAAACACUCGGUCUAUAUAAUUGUACAUUCCAAGAACUACUCCCAUAUGAAGGAUAUUUAAGGAAACAAAGUUCACAGAUGAAAACAUUUCUCCAAAAUCUUCGAACUCUGAGAAUAUGGAAUUGUCAUAAUUUGAGAUAUUUGAUGUCAUCCUCACACAUUUGGUUCAAAAACAUAAAGCAUUUGCAAGUCUACAGAUGUAAUGGAUUGGCAAAAAUAUUAGCAUGCUCAGUAGCGAGAACUCUUGUCCAAAUCACAACAAUCAAAAUCAAAAACUGUGAGUUGGUAACAGAGGUUAUAACAACUGAGUAUGAGAUAGAGACAACAGAAGAGGAGAUUGUUUUCAAACAAUUGAAAAUGUUGGAGCUUCAUUGUUUGAAAAACCUCACAUGCUUCUGCUCGGCCAAUUACGUUUUCCAAUUCCCAUGCUUAGAACAAGUCAUUGUAAGUCAAUGCCCCAAUAUGAAGACUUUUUCUCAAGGAGGUUUAAGCACACCAAAAUUAAAGAAGGUGCAACUAACAAAGACAAUCAAUGCAGAGUCUUUUUGGGAGGAUGACCUUAAUUCCACUAUCCAACACAUGUUUACAAAUAUGCUCGGUUUCAGCAACAUAGAGAAUCUAAAACUCUCUGAAUUCCCCGAAUUAGAAGAAAAAAUUUGGAAAUCUGAAGUUUCGGACGGCUUAUUUUAUAACUUAAAGUCACUGGUAUUGGACGCAUUUUUGGAAUCAUCAAGUGCAAUUCCAUCUCGUGUGUUAAGCGGCUUAAAAAAUCUUGAAAUACUUGAAGUAAGAAGUCGUGAUUCGUUGACACAGCUGUUUGAUACAGAAAGUCCGCUAAAUGUUGAUGGACAUGCUUCAAAGAGAAGUCAUCAAGAUGUUUUAAGCUGGAAGAAUUUGAAGUCUCUUAAAGUGCACGAUUGUAAUGGAUUGAGAUAUAUAUUUACACCGUCUGUCAUACUAGGCCUUGUUCAACUCCAAGAUAUAGAAGUUAAAAAUUGUGCUUUGAUAGAAGAAGUCAUCAGGAAAGAAGGAGAAAAUGAUGCAGAGAUUGAUAAAAUUUUUAUCCCACAACUCAACUCCAUUGGUCUUGAGUCAUUGCCAAACUUGACGAGAUUCUGUUCAAGAAUUAAUAGUUUGGCUUGUCCAUCCUUGAAAAGUAUUAGAGUAGCCAGAUGUCCAGAGAUUGAGACAUUCGUUUUUGCUGAUAUGAAGCACCAAUCAGACCAUAUUGCACCUCUCUUCUGUGAAAAGGUUGCUUUUCCAAGGUUGGAGCAGAUGAUACUCUUACACUUGGGUAAGUUGCAGUUGAUAUGGCACAACCAACUCCAUAGAGAUUCUUUUUGCAAAUUAAAAGAAGUGAGAGUUGAAUUCUGUGAAAAUUUAGUGACUAUUGUUCCAUCUCAUAGUACUCAAGGACUUCUUACCUUUCAGAAUCUGGAAACAUUAAUUGUUAAUAACUGUUGGAAUAUAAAAAGUCUGUUUCCAGUUUCCAUAGCUACUAGUCUUUUGCAACUCAAACGACUCACGCUGCGCUAUUGCGGUUUGGAGGAAAUUGUUGCCAAACAGGAAGUAGAUGGGACUCCAAGAUUUUUGUUUCCUCAAUUAACGCGGCUUAAACUUUCCAAUUUACCAGAGCUCAAACAUUUCUACAUGGGGUCGUAUACGGUAGAGUGGCCAAUGCUUAAGGAAUUGCUUGUGUACGGUUGUAAGAAGAUAAAAGUAUAUGCUUUAGAGGGAGAGAACCAACCUGCCCUAUUUUGGUUUGAAAAGGUUGUACCCAAUUUCGAAAAAUUGGGUUUAAUUGCCGAUAACGAAACAUCCUUAUGUCUUGACCGUAUUCCAGCUAGGAGCUUUGGGAAACUUAAAUUUCUUGGACUGCAAAGCUUGGAUGAUUAUUCAGUAGGAUUUCAGUUUGGUCUCCUUCAAAAAUUGCACAAUUUGGAAGUACUCUAUCUAUGUGAUUGUACAUUCCAAGAACUACUCCCAUAUGAAGGAUGUACAAGGAAACAAAAUUCUCAGAUGAAAACGUUUCUCCAAAAUCUUCAAACUUUGAUGGUAGACAAAUGUCAUCGUUUAACAUAUUUGAUGUCAUCCUCAUACAUUUGGUUCAAAAACAUAAAGCAUUUGGAAGUCAGCGGUUGUAAUGGAUUGGCAAAUAUACUAGCAUGCUCAGCAGCAAGAACUCUUGUCCAUAUCACAACAAUCAAAAUCAGAGAAUGUGAGUUGAUAACAGAGGUUAUAGCAACUGAGUUUGAGAUAGAGACAAUAGAAAAGGAGAUUGUUUUCAACCAAUUGAAAACGUUAGAGCUUCAUUGUUUGAAAAGCCUCACAUGUUUUUGCCCUGCCAAUUACGUUUUUCUAUUCCCAUGCUUAGAACAAGUGAUUGUGAGUCAAUGUCCCAAUUUGAAGAUUUUUUCUCAUGGAGGUUUAAGCACACCAAAACUAAAGAAGGUACAACUAACAGAGAUUAUUGAUGCAGAAUAUAUUUGGAAGGGUGACCUUAAUUCCACUAUCCAACACAUGUAUGAGAUUUGUGUGUCUUAAACUUUUACUUGAAGGGCAUAAUCGCAAUUCAUUAAAGCAGGGUUGACAUUUCAUUUCCUAGUAGGGUUAAAAAUAGUCGUUUGGUGGCUUAGAUAUUUUUCUAUCCUUGAUUAUAAAAGAACCAGAGUUAUUUGAGUCGGUGGAAUUUGAUAUGUUAAGUGUGUUGUCUUAAACAAUUUGAGGGUAAAUGAGUCUUUUUGGCUUUAAUGGCAGUCUUGUAAUAGUGUGAAUAAGUCAUAGGCGUUUUUGGUUAUGAUAUUUUUAACCAAGCAUAUAAAAGUAGAGUUUUACCCUAGUUAUUUUGCUUUUUGCACAUUUGAUAAGAUCUUCUCAUUUGAGUUUAGUUGUCUCUCUGGGUGUUAUUAGGGUUUUGUUUGAUUUCUCAGUUUGUUGAUUCUGGUUUUUCUGGUGAGAAAUUUCUGGCGAGAAAUUUCUGGCUUAUUUUUACUAGUUUCUUUUUUGUUAGGAUUAAUGAUUUAUUAAUCUUGUCAAUUUGGAUAAAUUAUUUUAUAAGCUUUGUACUUGAACAUUAUUUUAGUGGAUUGACUAGAGGAAUAUCUUUGCCUUGGAUGUAGGAUUUCAUUUAUGAAAUCCGAACCAAGUAAAUACUAUUGCGUUUUGAUUUUUGUUA